GGCGGGGCCCCGGGUAAGAUGGCGGCUGCUGCCACAGGUGUGGGCCGCCUCGAGGAGGAGGCGCUGCGGCGGAAAGAACGGCUGAAGGCCCUCCGGGAGAAAACCGGGCGCAAGGACAGGGACGAUGGGGAGCCACAGACCAAGCAGCUCCGAGAAGAGGAGGAAGAAGAUGGGAAGCACAGGGGUCUCAGGCUUCGCAACUAUGUCCCGGAGGAUGAGGACCUGAAGAGGAGGAGGGUCCCCCAUGCCAAACCAGUUGCAGUGGAAGAGAAGGUGAAGGAGCAACUAGAGGCUGCCAAGCCAGAGCCUGUCAUUGAGGAAGUGGAUCUGGCUAACCUGGCACCCCGGAAACCUGAUUGGGAUCUCAAGAGAGAUGUGGCCAAGAAGCUGGAGAAGCUAGAAAAGCGGACCCAGAGAGCCAUCGCAGUGCUGAUCCGUGAACGGCUCAAAGGCCAAGAAGACAGCCUGGCUUCUGCAAUGGAUGCAGUCACAGGCCUGUGA